AAAAAAAAGAGUAAAAUUCACUUCCUCAGACGCACUAGCUGCAUUUCAAGCGCUCAACAGCCGUUUGUGUCAUGGGACAUUCCCAUGAUUGAUGGUGGUGGUAAAUAAGUCUCAGAACGUCUGGAUUCUUCCCAAGCAGGAGCCUUGAAUUGAUUGGCUGGUGCCAGAGUCGUGGUGUCAGUGCUUGGCUUUGAUUGGGCAUUUUGUCCUAAUGAAAACCAAUCAUCGUCGAGGGCGUUCUGGCUCAUGAGGCCCCGCCCCAGGUUCCGGAGCCCACUGACCCCUUGCGGGUUAAAUCCGCGGUGAGUCGUGACCCUCUGCCCGCAUAGACACCCUUCGCUCUGCAUGCUACCCCAUCCCCGAUCUGACCACGAAGUGAGGGGCGGGUGCUUCCUUCCCACUCCUGCCCUUGCCUCGCCAGUCCAGCCCUGGGAGUGCGAUGGUAUAAACCCGCCGGUCUGCUCUCGCGUCCGCCUAUGAACUGGGCUGGCUGUGGGGGAACCGGAGGCUGAUGUGGGCCUGGGGACAGGAAGGCGGUGUCCACAGGAGGAUGGCCCAGGAGGGUGGAAGGCUGCCGGAGGUGCUGGUGCGGGUCGGGGCCUCUCACUGCAUCACAGACCUGGCCGGAAAGCUCCAGUUCUAUGACCACUGGGCUCCCAACUAUGACCAGGAUGUGGCUGCCCUGCAGUACCGUGCGCCCAGCCUCGCCGUGGACUGCCUUACCCAAGCCCUCCCCCCGCUGCCCCACACAGCCCUGAUCCUGGAUGUGGCCUGUGGUACCGGCCUGGUGGCUGCUGAGCUACAGGCUCGGGGCUUCCUGCAGCUGCACGGGGUGGAUGGGAGCCCGAAGAUGCUGGAACAGGCCCGAAUCCGUGGCCUGUACCGGCAGCUCAGUCUCUGCACCCUGGGCCAGGAGCCUCUGCCCAGCCCUGAAGAGGCCUUCGAUGCAGUGCUGAUGGUGGGUGCCCUCAGUGACGGCCAGGUGCCCUGCACUGCCAUUCCAGAGCUCCUGAGGGUCACCAAGCCAGGUGGGCUGGUGUGUCUGACCACCAGGACCAACCCGUCCAACCUUCGGUACAAGGAGACCCUGGAGGCCACCCUGGACCGGCUGGAGCGGGACGGGGCAUGGGCGCGCCUGGUGGCCCAACCUGUGGACUGCUGGGAACUGGCCACCUCUACCCUCGAGGUGGUGCCCGGCACCUGUGCCAAGGAUGGCUUCAUCUCGGGCAUCAUCUACCUAUACCGGAAGAGGGGGUGAGACCGGCCCCCAGCCCGAGGCUGACCUCUGACCCUCUGUGCCCCAACCCUGCCCCUCAGGAAUGCUCUGCCUAU